AUGUGUUGAACUUUAAUGAGGCGGCAGUGACAUAUUUGGUGGGCGUGGUCGCAGUGACCUCACCUGCCGCUCAGGUAAAUUUGUCUGCGACACCAAAAGCCUAAGAAACACGGUAGUGGGUCAUUGUUCAGCAGAGCUGAGAGGACUUCAGACGUGGGAGAAGACAAAGAAACUCGACCAGUUUUAGUGUUUAAACUGAAUCAAACCCAGAACCUGAUCCAGAUCACAGAGCAAAGAUGAACAAACACGGGUUCUGCUUGGGUCUCGCGUUUUGUUUCCUGGUCUGCUCCGGUCUGGCCCUGGCCUGUGAAUUGGACCGGUCCGUCGAUGUGAAUCAGACCGUGUCCCCCAUCUUUUUGGUCAGCAAUGCGGUCGACCUUCCGGGCGUGUCGGACCCGAUGAAAUGCUGGGCGUCGUGCUGCGACAGGGCGGACUGUGACCUGGCCUGGAUGAGUUUCCCGGAGGACGGAGCACCGGAGUGCAAGCUGGUGCACGGCUGUCCCAAGGGCGGAUGCCUCCUGCUGCCCAGCAAAUGGGCCAAUGUUUACGUCAAGGUGUCGGUCCAGACCCGCACAGAGGUGGAGGACGGCGAGGGGGGGCCGCACGUAGUCCCGAUGAUGGCCGCCGGGGAACUGCAGACCACCGAGUCCAGCGACGUUCACUGUCGUCAGCCGAUGAAGGUGGGUCCAUGUCGGGCAGCGUUCCCAAGGUUCUACUACAAUGUGACCAAUCAGAGCUGCAGCAGCUUCAUCUAUGGUGGCUGUGGGGGCAAUGGAAACAACUUUGUCUCUCAGGAGGAGUGUGAGACAAACUGCACCGGAGUCACAGGUUCGGUUCUUCCUGAUGAUUCGAGUUCUGUCAAGACUGCUCGGAGGGCUCCGUCCUUCGAUCCAGAACUGUCUGUCCAUAGUCCAGAGUCUGAACCUGCCCCUACUGAGUCAGCUCACGCUGAGAAGACAGAUCUGCCGGACGACGACGACUAUGCUGAGCGCUGCGAGGUUGCGUCUGAGGCGGGACCCUGCAGAGCAGCGUUUCCGCGCUGGUACUUCAACAGCAAAACAGGAAGCUGCGAGUCUUUCGUGUAUGGAGGCUGCAAAGGCAACAGGAACAACUAUGACAGCGAGGAGAGCUGCAACACUGCCUGCCCAGGCUCAUUUGAGAAACAUGGGCGCACCCGCUGGACUGCAGCCUUCUUCCUCUUUGUCACCCUGGCAUGCAUCUCUGCUCUGCUGCUGGUAGCGCUUGUCCUUGUGUCUGUGAGACGCCACCGUCGCUCCCGUCCUUCCUCCAUCAGUGACAAGGAGGAGCUGCUGCCAGAUCCUGAUGAGCAGUCCUCGGUGGAGUCUCUGCCCAUCCCUGAGAGCCCCAAAUCAAACCAGGCCUGAGGCGUUGAGCCACUCUGGGCCACUAAGGGGCUAUGGAUUUGUUUCAGGGGUCUAGUCCACCUCAGGACUGAUUUCAAAGAUGUUGUUUCUGUGAGUUCUUAAAGUAAUUCAACUUAAAGAUACAAAGUGAGUCCAGAUGGAGAAACAAACUCAAGUACUAACCGAUCACUAAAGAUAACUAUAAAGCACCAGUACAAGGAUGUGAUCUCAGUAACAACAGAAGGGUGUCAGUUGUGAGGUGGGCUCCGUGUCCACUGUCAGAGCUGUGUGUCCAGAGUCGGGUUCGACAUUUGAACUUUUAUUCAUCUUGUUAAAUUGUGACUUUCUCUUCGUACAGCAGGUUGUUUGUGUUGAGAACCAACUCUAUCCUCACUGACUUUUGGCAGAAUUACUCUGAUUCUCCUCCUUUCUUAAACUAACUGAUCACCUUAAACUAAAACCUGCUGUAAAUUAGACUGUUUUUAUUCUUCCUGUUACAGAAAUACUCUUGAACACCUUCAGACUAUGGCACAGCUGAUUCAUGUUCUUUGUCUUUCAGUUUGAAAUCUGUAGUUCUAGGUUUAACUUCCUGAAGUUCAAAGAUGAUCUCAGUCAGUGGUUUUCAGCCUUGCUGCUAAACCUGCUUCAUCACUAAUCAAAAUACACAAAUAAUAAUCUUAACUUUUUCAAAGACUUUAAAUUGUCAUCGAGUUAAAAACUGAAGAUUAUUAAUGUGAGAAUAUGCAGCCUUUUCUGUUUUAUGACAGUCAUUUGAAGGUGUCACAGUAGACCUUUUGUUUGAUACCUUUGGGCAUAAUUUUUUAAUAUUUACUGGGAAAAUUAAUAUGAAAUAAUAUUUCUACGAAUGUAAACAUUGCCGUAGGAUGCCAUAACAAUCAGUGUAACCUUAAUUCACAUGAACCACUUAAGAAAUCUUGAAUAGUCUGGAACGUCCUUUAGUUCUGUAAAAAUAAGAAACUGCUCGGCCAGUGGGAGGAGACUGAUGUUGAGACAGUAAAGAUUCAGAAUGAAUCAACGCAAACCUUUGGGAUGUGGUAACUGAAUUAAAAACAUGAUGAGAUUUUUACCUGCACAGGAUGAGAUGUAAUCCUGACUUUGGUCCAAAAGUCUGGAGCCUAUGUUUCCCAUCAUGCACGUGAACCGUGUCAGAGCCAGAGCGCCCUCUGCAGGCUGGGAACCACUGAGGCACAUUAGCAACCUGCUCAAUCAUGUAUUUUAUUAAUCAAAAUGUAUUUUAUUGAUGAUUAAAGGGAAACAUUCUCCUGCUCACUUUAAAACUGAUGAUUUAACUCUCGCUGUCGGGUGUUUUAAUAAAGGUUAAUGUACCUGUACUCCAGGUAA